AUUUUCAACCCAGCCCCGCUGCAGGCUUCUGUUUUCAAUCUUACCUCUGCCAAUUUCAAAGAAUUCCUGGACAAGCAUGACACCGCUCUCGUUAAUUUCUACGCGGAGUGGUGUCGGUUUAGUCGAGACCUCGCCCCAGUAUUCAACGCCACCGGCAACAGAGUUGCGAUGGAAUUUAAGGAUGGCAAUGUUGCACUUGGCAGAGUCGACUGUGACGAUCAAGGUAAGUUGGACAUAUCGAAGUAUCCAACACUGCGGCUUUUUAAAUUCGGCCAUCGGUAUCGUAGCGAGUACCGCAACCAACGGUCUGAGGAAGCACUUAUGAACUAUCUCCGGGAGCAGUCGUCAAAUCCCAUCAAGGUCCUCAAAAACCAAGUAAGUUCAAUUGUGUUUUGCGUUGACAGUUGCUUUAAUCCUCCGGAGACGUUGUGCAGUUUUGGUCAUUCAUUACGGAUGGCUGUUGAGGCAGAAGCCGAGCCAACGGCAGACUUCGAUGCUCUGCGUGCGUGGGCCACGGACCAUUGCACACCGCUUGUUCGCGAGCUGACAUUCGCCAACGCCGAGGAGAUCACCGAGCCGCGCCUUCCCCUGCUCAUUCUCUUCUUCCACCCGGAUGACCAGAACAUCGUUGACAGGUUCACUCAGUUCAUGGAGCUCAAUUUUGUCGAUCUCAAGGGUCGUUUCAUGCUAUUGGUGGCCAACGGCGACGUCUUCUCCCACCCCCUGCUGCACAUGGGCAAGACGAGGCACGAUCUGCCGAUCCUCGCGAUCGACUCCUUCCAGCACAUGUUCAUGUUUGCUGGCGACAUCGAGGAGGAGGAGAGGCUUGAGGCAUUUGUGUUGCCGUUCAAUUCUAACUGGCGUCACUCGCGUCUGACUAGGAUCUUGUGUGUACUACCACGGAUUUUUACGUCUUUUUUUGCCGUUCGGAAACUAAACUAA